AUGUUUUCGUCCUUCGCAACAAAAGUCACCGUGGCACUUAUCUUGGGUGCUGCCAACGCUCUCCCAAGUUCGAAUGCAAUCCCAAAACUCGAUACUCGCGCAACCGCGCAGCAUGGCUACAUAAAUGUGGUUGCUGCAACAUUGUGGACCGACUCCAGCAAGCCACGCCCAAUCGACGAGCCGGCACUGACACACCCGGUGCAACUAGAGAAAUGGCUCAGCUCAAUGAACGUGACGGAUUACCGCGAUCUUACCAGUAAUAGUCGGACUCAGACACAGGCAUUGUAUGGAACACGGGUGGAGAUUCUCGAUUAUGAAAGCGGUUGGUACGAGGUGGCCGUACCCGACCAGGCGACGCCAAAGAACAAGCUGGGAUACCCUGGCUGGGUUCCUGCUUCACAAGUGUCGCUUGACCAGCACUACGGAAAGCUGCAAUCAAGCAAGCCUUUUGCGGCGAUUGACAAGGCUGCCACAGUUUCGCUCUACCGCGAUCCGAGCUUGAAGUCGAAGCUCAUGGACAUCACCUACGACACAAGACUCCCAGUCCUGAAGGAGAAAGAAUCAGUCAUUGAAGUUGCAGUACCUGACUCUGGCUCGGCUUAUUUGUCCACCCACGACGCUAGUAUCUACAAGUCUGCCACGGAGAUCCCUUACCCAACGAGCCUUGAUCUGAUCAACACAGCGAAAUUGUUCCUUGGUCUUCCUUACCUCUGGGGCGGUAUGUCAGGAUAUGCUUUCGACUGCUCGGGAUUCACGCACACCCUCUACCACUCGCAUGGCAUUUCUAUUGCCCGUGAUGCUGACGCGCAAGCCGACUUCACUGGGCAUGGCACUCGAGUCGAGCAGGCGGAUCUUCAACCAGCUGAUCUCAUGUUCUACGCGAGUAACCUCAGCGACCCAAGCACCAUUUAUCACGUUGCGAUGUACAUUGGGGAGGGAGAGAUGGUCGAGGCAUAUGAUGCAGGGACACCAGUGAGAAUCACGCCAGCUCGUUUCGGAGAUGAAUUCUGGGGAGGAGAGCGGUUCCUAGCACACUGA